AUGAAGGAGGCGGACGCGGAUUCGGGCCCCGAGGAGCACACCCGAUCGAGCGGCCGUCUGUCCACAGUGUCGAGCCGCAGGUCGGAUGCCUCCUCCGUGGUCGAGACGCCGCGGAAGGUGAUCGCCUGGAUGCUGUCGGGGUUCGAUGCGUGCAUCGGCGUGGUCAUUCUGGCCAAUGCCGUCGCAAUUGGCGCAGAGCAGUCCUUCGAACUUGCCGAGAUCGACAUCUCAGCGUUCGCAUAUCUCGAGCACUUCUUCUUGACCAUGUACGUGCUGGAGUUGUUUAUUCGUUGUGUAUCCACGGGUGGCAAGUGCUUUAGCGACAAUUGGGUGAGAUUCGACGCCUUCCUGGUGGGCACGAGCGUCUUGUGCUUUUGGAUCAUCCCCCCGGUGAUGGGGAAUGUGCAGGGAAUGGGGAUGGUGAGCAUGGUGAGGAUGCUACGCCUCCUACGGCUGGCCCGUUCCGUGCGGCUGAUCAAGCAGUUUCGAGAAUUGUGGAUGCUGGUGCAGGGUCUGCUGGUUUCUGCGCGGACGAUGGUGUACACGAUCACGCUCAUCGUCGUGAUAUUGUAUUUGUUCUCGGUUGUGGCGGUUGAGGUCAUCACCAAGCACCAUUUAGCUAGACGGGAAGAUGGCGAUCCAACGUUCCACGAUAUCGUCGAGCACAGUUUCAAUACCCUACCGCAGACCAUGAUGACGCUCAUGCAGUUUGUGUCUUUCGAUAACGUAGUACUCAUAUACGAGCCGUUGAUCAAGCGCGACUGGAGACUUGCGCUCUUCUUCAUCAGCAUCAUCGUGAUCGUGGGCAUUCUCCUCAUGAACCUCGUCACCGCCGUUGUGGUGAACAAUGCUCUCGAGCAGGCCAUGGCAGACAAGGAGUUGGUGAAGAAGUUGGAGGACAACAAGAAGAGGAAGAUGUGCAAGGAGCUUCGCAAGCUCUUCUUUCGGCUUGACGUGGAUGCCUCCGGACACAUCAGCAUGGAUGAGAUUGCGCGGGUCUCAGACGAGGACAGGCAGAUGCUCGUCAACAUAAUGGGCAUGUCGGAUCCGUUAGAGUUGUUCCAGGCACUCGAUUGUGACGGCUCGGGGGAGGUCGACAUCGACGAGUUCAUCAAAGGGCUCUGGCAGGUAUGCACGUCGAAGGCUCCCAUCGAGAUCAAGCGGGUGGAGAAGAUGGUCGAGGCGAUGCAAAACCAGAUGCGCGCGUCACAGAGCAUGAUGGCCGACAUGGUGAGGGAGAUGAGCGACCUGAAGUACCAAUUCGACUUGAAGCUCAGUCGUUCGAGUUUGAGCGCGUCUGCAGCUCUGCCAGGGGGCCCAGACUGCCGUAGCAUCGGCGGCACGGACGUCAGGCAGUCGAAGAGCGGUUCGUCAGUCUGGGACCAGACGCACCUGAUAAAGGAGGUCGAGGCCGACUGCGACGGUCACCUCGCGAGCGGCACUCCAGCGGGGCGCGAAGGCCCGCACCGCGACGUCGCCGCUGCGGCCCCAGGCUCCGGCGCGGGCGCGGCCGCGCAGGCAUGGGACGCGAGGCCGGGCAGCAGGCAGACGGCCGACGAGAUGUCGCCUUCGGGCCCGGACAUCUCCGCGGCCAUGGACCUGCUCAGGGCGCUCACGUGCGAGCUCCGGGCGUGUCGCGCGGCGGGCGCCACGGGCGCGGCCAUGGGCGAAGCGGCCCGCGCGGGCUCCGCCCUGCGGGCCCCGGGGCUCCGCCUCGGCCGCGCCGUGACGCGAGAUGUGCUGUAUGAGCUGACGAAGGCGGCUCGUCCCUCAGACGACUUGCACUCGCUGACGACGGCGCCCCGCUUCUCGAGCAGUUUGGGCGACUUGAGCCCCACACGACCGUCGACGGGCGCCCCAGCCUGCGACGGCCACCUGGGCCUUGCACGCUGGGCCAGGGCCACAUCAGAUCCUCGUCACGCCCCGGGCGACUCGACCACGGGCGUCCAAGCUUUCGCACGUCAGCCCGCACCGAAGGACGUCAUGUACUACUGCAGCGCCCCCCUCUCUGGCACGGCUGCGAGCAUGAACAGCUCCCCCAGAAGCCCAUGGCCGCCGCAGAAGCGCCCAGCCGCCAGGACGCUCGAGGCUUCGGCGCCGAUGGACUCAGCCCCCCAGGCGGCGACGGCGGCGCAUCCGCGGGCCGCCCACGACAGCGCUGGCGGGCCGCCAUCCCCAGCGGGCCGCGCCGCCCAGUCCGGCUGCGUGGCGUCGGGCCCGGCCCUGGUGCACCAUUUGUGA